UUUAAUUUUCCAAGAGUGUUUUGUGUACAGACUGUGAGCUUUCAAUGAGAAAGUAGCUAUAAUUUGAGUCUGCCUAGUCAACCCUGUAAAUGCGACCUUAGGAAGAGGCAUGUAUUUUUUAAAACAUACCUGAUAAUUAGCGGACACCUUGUCGGUUGGUCGAUCCCAGUCUCCACCAACUUUAACGGAAAUGAAAAGUUGUACUUCAGUUUUUACCGGAAAAUCCACAAGAAUAUUGCCCCCAUUCAGUUAGCUUCACUGGUGUUAAUUUUUUAGCCGGGUAGUCAGGAUUAGCCUGUUUGUUUGCCUCUGUCUCCUAUCAUUAGUGUGCUCUCGUCUCUGCUGUCCACUAACGUAGUUCAAAUCCUAACACUUAACGGCAAACGCCAGUCUGCUGUGUCCCCAGGGUCUCCCAGAUCUUCGGCCUUAGUGACCUCCCUUCACAUCUGCCACGCUGGAUGUCCUCCUCGGCAAGUUUGCGGUCCUAGUGCCCUAGUGCCAGAUGGCAGAGGUCAGUAUUGGUGGGAUUUGUCCAAUGAAUACGCCUAGCUGUUAUUUGAGAGGGACCAGGUUGUAAAAAUAAACCUACUGUGGACGCUUUGGCUCGGACACAUGUCCUUUAGGCUUUGGCUCUGCAACUGCCUAGACAAAAGAAUGCGAAUCUGAAACUGAGAGGCUGCGAUAUAAGAUCCUUAAUUCUGCUUGAGACAUUUUUAUUAGAAAGAAAUAAACACAUCACGACUGACCAACGACAAGGGCGGAAACUAUGAACUAAGGAAGCAACCUGCCUGCAUCAAAACGGAUCAGAGCCAUUCAGGAAAGUGACCAGAGACGUGAGUGAAUUUCUUUCCCAAAACUAAUGCUGAUGCCUCUCUUUUUCUCCGUCCUCUCUGCCCUAGCAGUAGAGGGCGCUGUUUUGGCCAGUAGCUCCGGUAGUCAUCCAGGAGUUUGUCCAAACCAGCUGAAUCCUAAUCUUUGGGUGGAUGCCCAAAGCACAUGUGAGAGGGAGUGCCACAUUGACCAGGACUGUGAAGGAUUUGAAAAGUGUUGUACCAAUGUUUGUGGACUGAAGAGCUGUGUAGCUGCCCGUUUUGCUGAUGGAAGCUUUGUGCCCCAUGACACUCCCAGAGUAGUGACAUGUGAAAGCUUCAUAUGUACCCAACAAGGCUCUGACUGUGACAUCUGGGAUGGCCAGCCAGUCUGCAAGUGCAAAGACAGGUGUGAGAAGGAGCCCAGUUUCACUUGUGCAUCUGAUGGGCUCACCUAUUUCAACAAGUGCUACAUGGAUGCUGAGGCCUGCAUCCGGGGUAUUUCUCUUACUGUGGUUACUUGUCGCUACCACUUCACUUGGCCCAACACAAGCCCAGCUCCACUGGGGACCACAACACAUACAACUCUUGCUACCCUUGAUGAUCAAGUUCCUCCAGCUCUGUACACCAAUCCCUAUCACCAGUCUGCCUUUGUUGGUGGCACAGUCAGCUUCCAUUGUGAUGUGAGUGGACGACCCAGGCCGGAUAUCACUUGGGAAAAACAGAGCGAGCACCAGCAGAAUUUCAUUAUGAGACCUGACCAGAUGUAUGGUAAUAUGGUCAUCACCAACAUAGGGCAGCUGGUCAUCUACAACGUCCAAAGGGAGGAUGCAGGAAUUUAUACUUGUACAGCCAGGAAUUCUGCUGGCCUUUUGCGAGCUGAUUUUCCCCUGUCUAUUAUCCAAAGGGAACAUUUGGAAGAAACACAGUCUGAAAGCACAAAACCCUUCUCAGUUACUGAUUGUCAGAAAGAGCCAGACAUAAGGGACUGUGGAAACAAACAUGUUCGUUGGUUCUAUGACUACAAGAAAAAGUUAUGCAUGACUUUCAGAUAUGGCGGAUGUGAUGGGAACAGAAACAACUUUGAAACAUAUGAGGCUUGCAGACAGGCAUGUGUGAAAGAAAGUGUGAACAUCUGUAUGCUGCCCACUGUACAGGGGCCUUGCAAAAACUGGGAGCCCCGGUGGGCCUACAAUUCACUGAUGAAGCAAUGCCAUGCAUUUAUUUAUGGUGGUUGUGAGGGAAAUGACAACAACUUUGAAAGCAAGAACGUCUGUGAAGACAAUUGUCCAUACCCCAAGGUCAAGCGGUGCAGGACCUGCAGACCAAAAAAUAAGAUAGUUCCCAGCUUCUGCAAGAGUGAUUUUGCUAUCAUUGGAAGGCCAACAGAGGUUAUUGAGGAUCAAGAUGCUGGCAUUGCUAGGUUUGUGCUUGAAGAGGUCCUAAAGGAUGAGAAGAUGGGGCUGAGGUUCUUCAAUGUCAGACACCUGGAAGUUACCUUGGCAAAUAUUGAUUGGACUUGCCCUUGCCCUAACAUUACUGCACAGGAUGGACCUCUGCUCAUCAUGGGGGGAGUUACUGAUGGGAUGGCGGUAGUGCAGCCCCAAAGCUAUGUACGAACAGUGAACGACAAGCGGAUUAAAAAGAUCUAUGAGAUUAUUGAAAAAAAGACCUGUGACCUACUGAAGAGAUUUCAUGACUAGCUAAAACAAACUCACUCAAAAGACACAAGUUUAAACAUGUCCCAGAUGUUUUGGCAUGUUUUCAGGUUUUUGAUGGUGGUAAUAUUCUGGAAGCCAUUCUGCCUUAAAUAACUAUUGUUGUUUUAGAACACAGCAGAAGGUAUAUGCAUUCCGGACUCCUGUGACAGAUUAUUGUCAUCGUUUACUUGUUGGGGACAUCAGCCUGUUGGAAAUGUGCUAAAAGGUAGUAAUGGUACUAUUUUUGUUUUUGUCUCCAUUGAUAACCAAGCACAGCCCCCCAGACAAAAGCUCCUGUGUUGGCACAACCCAGAAAUAUUUGGUGUUUAAGUGAUUUGCUCAAGGCAGCAUAAAUACAAAUGGUUGUAGGAGUCAAGUCCCAAUGUAGUAGAUGCAGUUAAUUACUAUAAACCAUAAAGCCUAACUCCAUAAGGGUGCAUACCUGUGGCUAUGGGGACUGGGCACAAAUGAUCACGGAACAUAACCUUAAGAUAUAAACUGACUGAAUGGCCUGUAUUUUAUGUGCACUUCAAAUAAGGUUGGAAGUAUGACGCUUCCAUAGCUUCAGAUGCUUCUCUUAAAAAAAAAAAAAAGAAUGUGUGUAGGUACUUGAUAAAAGGUCAAGAUUAUAUAAGAGUGAGUGAUUUGAGUAGACCUGCAUGCUGUUACACUAUUCUGCACUCCUUAGAGACCGACAGACAUACUUGGAAUGCACACCAGGAAAGCACUUGGACUACUCGUUCAGCAUCAAAUGGAUUGUAAAGCACUCCCUGUAUGUCAGGAGACUUCAUAGUAUUCAGGACAUGAAAAGCUCAGAUGUAGGGUAGGGUAGGUAGUACACUCUUCCUCUUCGUAAAAGUACUUCAUCUGGCAGUAAGCUGUACCUAGUGCAAGACCUUAGUUUUACUGCUUCCAGUAGGAAAGAUGUCCAAAGCAGUUUCAUAAAAAAUGAGAUGUCUACUGAUACCUAAAAAGGAAAACUUGGCUAUCAGUGUUAUUCAGUCCAUUUAUUAGCUAUACCAAAACAUAUUUGCCAACAACUGGUACUGAGCAGCCUAAAAUUGCCAAAUGGGUGCAAAUACAGCACAUUAGAUUCCCAAGAUCUGAAAAAAACACUUUACCAGUGAACAGAAUGUAUACAGCAAAAUGCAAAUAAACUUGUUAUUUAAAAAUACAAAAUGCUUAUUAUAUCUGAGCUAUCACAAGGGGAUCAAGGAAAUUUUCUGGCCAGGUUUAUUCUGGUCAUUAAAGGAAUAAUAUAAAAUUUUCUAUAAAUUUCAUGUAAUAGUGCCAAAUUAAUCAUGCACACCACUCAGUGAAUACCCCUGGAGCACAAUUAAACAAUUAUAACAUAUAAGACACAUUACAUACUUAUGCCAUAUACUGUAGUAUAAAAGGAAACAAAUAAAAAAAGACAUUGCUACGGGGGCACAUAAAUCAUGUUUUACAUAAGAUCUGUGGCCACUGCAGUACAUGACGAUAAGUGAGUGCCUUCAACCUGGCAUCAUGAUAUUAGCUCUUCAUUUUAUACAACUCCACCCAUUACAUCUUAUUGCACUUAUAACUGUGUUUUCACUUUACAAAGUCAGUUAUAAAUUAUAUAUCUUGUUCUUUUGAAAUAAUUUAUAGAAAAAUAAUAAUUUCCAUUUGAUUGGGGAUGACUUAAUUGUGCUGAAAAUAAAGUAAGUGUGUGUAUGUGUGUGUGUGUGUGUAUUUUGGAGGUAGUACAUUUCUCACUAAAAUAAGGCUGACAUAUGCACAUUUAAAUUUAUUAAUGCACACUUAAAUGUGUUUUUUUUAUUUGUUUGGAUCUGACAUUAUAUAACAGUAUUCCCUUUUUUCAUAAGAUAAUACAAACUUCAUAAUAUGCUCAGUGUUUCGUUUUUUAUAUUUGCCUCAGUCUCACGGAGUGGAGUUCUUGGACUGGCAUGGGUUCCCUGUGCUAAAAUAACUCAGAAUUCUUCUCUCUUUAACUAGUAGGAUCUUCUCCUGGCAUGCUCACAGCAGAGGCCUGUUUACAGUUGGGAGGUUGGCGUAAUGGUUAAGGUGCUUACCUUAGAAACACAAGGUGCAGGGUUUGAUUCUGACAUGGGGUAAUUGGCUAGGGUUAAAAAUUACCCAUAAGGGCAGUUAGCCUAGUACUAACCUUUGAACAUUUCAAGGCCCACUCACGGAGAACAGACUGCAAAGACUCACACAAUGAACAAGGCACUAUGGAAGGAGCAUUUUUCAUCUGGAAGUCAAGAAAGCUGUUCUAAUACAAACUGUGAAUAGUACCUUAUGUUUUCAAUUUUUAUGUGUGUAUGGAGAAUGUAAUAAUCAAGCAAACAAAAUUUGAUGCAUUUCUACUUUUAUUUUUAAUUUUAUUUUUAGGGCCCAGUUGAAAGCUUUGUUAAAUUUUUAAAUAUAGUGCUUGUUUAGUAUUUAUUGUAGCUUAAAGCUGAAGUAAAGCUGGUUUACUCAGAGCAGGGGUUCUUAUAACCUUCAUGUGGGUGUUUACUCAUCCAUAUCACAUGGCUGAAACACUAAUUCAAGGAGCUACAAUUUUUCUCAUUUUAACAUAUUAGCUAAUUGAAACUGGUUGCAUUGCUGUUUGUCCUUUAUUCACUUGUUCUAUUUUUUUUUAAUUUUCUGACACAGAAAAUGUUUUUGAAUAAAAUUAGUAAGGUAAGGGAAAUGUCAUAUCUUUAUUUCUGUGGGAUUGAAUGUAUACUUUGCUAAC